GCAACCAAUGGCUACUCGGAGACGGGACUUCCGCCUAGAGUGGAGGGGUGGAUAGGUGGGGGGAGUUGUGUGUGCGAGUGAAGAGAAGGCGAAGAGCGGUGUAAUCAGUCAGUCGCGCCCACGGGGGUCCCGGCUCCCUGGCAGCGGGAGGGCAGGUAGCUGUUGUUUGCUAAGACCGGUGAAGGACAGGCAGCUGGGCAAGGCGAUACGCGCCGGGCUGCAGGCUCCGAGUUAGGCAGCCUAAGCAGCACCCUCCUUGACCGGCUGUUGCUGUUGUCAGAGGGUCGGCCGGCAGGAGUUUUUGUUUCGAGGCCGUGAGGAGGGUGUCGGUGCGAAGGCGGCCGAGGAGCCAUUCCGUCCCCGGCCGGCCACCUGCUUGUCUCUCUCGGGGCGAGAGACAGAGAGCGAGGGUCGGGAGGGUUCUACUGGGGUCGGAAAGGGCGGGGUGGGUGGGUAGAGAGUGUUUGCGGUCUAAGGAAGGAACGAAAGUGAGUUUCUAAAAGGAGGGGGUCUGCCCCCUAAAGAGGAUUUCUGGGGGUCCCUAGCGGUGUGAUGGUGGUGGGGAACAGCAAGCAGUUCCUAGGGGCCCCUGGAAAGGUUAUAAAAGUGGAAGCGGUGAGGUGCGCCGAGGGAGGAAGUGUCCCGUCCCCAGGCUGCUUUGCAAGGUCUCUAGAUGGCCCCUUAAGACUGGUGGCUACGCACAGGGUCGGAUAGGCCGGGAGGAGGGAGGCUUAAAGGUGCGUUUGGAAGUCCUUACAAACCCGGGCGAAGUAGUAAGAGGCGGGGAGGGGCGCUGCCCCUGUCGUCGCUUCUCUCCCGGGGUUGGUGGGAGGCUGCGAUGAAUGGUUUCAGCACUGAGGAAGACAGCCGGGAUGGGCCUCCCACCACCCCUUUCUACGGACAGACCUGCUGCCUCAUCGACGACGGGGACCGCUGUGUCCGCCCGGCUGGUAAUGCCUCGUUUAGCAAGAGGAUCCAAAAGAGCAUCUCCCAGAAAAAGCUGAAACUGGAUAUUGACAAAAGUGUAGGACACCUGUAUAUUUGUGAUUUCCACAAGAACUUCAUUCAGAGUGUUCGAAACAAAAGAAAGAGGAAGACCAGCGAUGAUGGGGGAGACUCACCAGAGCACGAGAUUGAUGUCCCAGAGGUUGACUUGUUUCAACUUCAAGUAAACACGCUACGUCGUUAUAAAAGGCAUUACAAGUUGCAAACCAGACCGGGCCUCAAUAAAGCCCAGCUGGCAGAAACUGUCAGCCGCCACUUCAGGAACAUCCCUGUGAAUGAGAAAGAGACACUUGCAUACUUCAUCUACAUGGUAAAGAGUAACAAGAGCAGAUUGGAUCAGAAGUCAGAAAGUAGCAAACUCGAAUGAAGACUGGGCAGCUUUUGGACACAUGCAUAUGUGAAUUUGAAGAAGCAUCAGGUGCAUUAUAAAAACAAAAAACUUUUAACACUUAUGUAAAUUAAAGUGUAAAUUAGAAAACAAUAUAGAAAACUUUGAUCCAGAAAUUAGAAUAUAUGAUUCCAGAACGUGUGUGAAGAUUCCUGCAUUUUCAAAAUCUUAAUAUUUGACUGAAGGGCUAGAGAUCACAGGAAAAAUCAAGAAGUCAAUGAUGAUAACUGUUCAGAGGAUUAAAAUAAAUAUCUGAUUAUGAUAUAAGUUACAGAUAAGAUGAGUCUUAGCAUUCUUGAACUGGAACAUAUCGCAUCCGUAUAGUACUUGGUACAAGUUAAGCAUGGCACCGGAAUUCUGAUUCAAAAAUCUUAGUCUGUGGUUCCUGUUUUAAGUGUGCUCACCACUUGUAUGCCGCACAAGAUUACUAGUUUUCAGUUGGUACAUUCUAUAUUUUUAUGGGUGCUAGAAGUUUCCAAGCCUCACCUUUUUGUAUGUAUAUGGGUCUUGACAGAACACUGAAACUGGCCAGCUUUGCUUAUUUACUAUUAGAACCUCUGUUUUGUGAAUUCAUAAAGGCUGAAUUUUUAACUAUUUCACUUUAAAAAAAAAAUCAUUUAACUGAGAGCUAUUAGCAUAUUAUCCACUGUUCUUGUAGAGUUCAUUGUAUAAAUUUAAUUCUGUGUCUUCAUCAUACCAAAAAUGGCUUAAUUUAAGUUACUGUGGGCCUUUGAUCAGAAUGCAAAGCACCAGUUCAGCAGCUUUAUUUUAUACAUGUCCGCUCAGAAGUAAGUACCAUUUUGUUCAGUGGAUCUUAUUCCCUGGGAAAUGAGUGUAGAAAUGCAGCCUGAGUAUAUAACUGAAUACUGAAUUGUAGUCUCAAUCUGAUCUUGAUUAGGCAGACAUCCAUGCUAUCUGAUGCUCUGAGAUUUGAAUGCAUACAAUGUAGAAUAGCAGUUACGGUGUCAGUAGACAUGAAUAUUAGUUGAUGUUAGUAGUGGCCUCUGUUUGUGCUGGUUUUUGGCAAUGGGAACUUGUUCCAAACCACUUGUCUAUUCUACAUGCAGUUGCCUGAAAUGCACAGUGGCAAAUUUAAUUACCUUUGUUUAAAUUUCAUGCUGCUACUCAUCUUUUCUCCAAACCAGAACUGUUUCUGUAAUGCACAGGCAAACAGUUUCUCCAUUUUCUUCAGUGGAGGAGGCACCACCAUGGUCUAAAACAGGCCAACAGCUUGUGGCCUGCCAGUUGUGGCUUGCAGGUACUUAAUCUCUUCUGUCCCAGCCUAAGCAUAAACAAGUUAUUGAGUUCCUGGUGGACUGCUUUACAUGGAUGGUGGGCUGUGUUCUGCUUGGUAAGUUGCAAGUUAUUCUUGUCUCAUCUAAAGUAAAGCUUUAUCCAAAGGUCAGAGUUGUAACACUCUCUGUUUUUAGUCAUUUGAUAUUUUAUUCACAGUCAUCUUUGAGACUGUUAGCAUCAUCUCAGUCCUGUGCUGCUCUAGGCCUUGACUUUGUUUUUUAAAAGUACAGAUCUGAGCACCACUGAAAUCCAUUGGUCUUGCAUCCAAGUAAGAGGUAAGUGUAUGUUGUAAGAUGCCAAAAAUCUAUUCCAAAGAAAAUUUCUCGGAUGUUAGGGUGAUAGGCAAAUAUUCAAAGGUUUUUAUUUUUAUUUGUUUUUCAAAAUUCAAUUAUGCCAUGGUAAAUGACUGUGUGGAAAGAUACUGCUUAAUUCAGCAUUACAUAUAUUUGUUGUGCAAGGAUAUAGAAAUGCAGCAGUAUCUUCUUAAAUACUUCUCAUUCUGACAAAGUACAUGAUAAAAUUAAAAUUUGUCUCAAAGAAUACAGAGUUCAUUUGCAACAGUUUAUAAGUGUUCUGUUGCAAACAGAUAUUCAAGAAACAUGGGCAUGUAUACUAGUGCGUGUUAUCCCAAUUAAUUGAAUGCCUCCAUUGAAUUAGGUGGAUGUUUUCAGGCAGCUUCAUCAUAGAAUAUGUGUUGGAAGUAUGUACUAAAUUGGCAAGUAUGAGUGUGAGGAGAAACAGUGCUGAAAUAUUUCAGAUUACUGUAUUGUGUUUUAAAACUCACCAUGGUACCACUUCCUUCUUCAUUGGAAAAAUGAAUCAGACUAGCCACCGGGUCAGUUGAAUAUAAAUAAAAGCUUGCAAUAGCUGUUGAUCAUUUGACUUCAGAAUAUUCAUGUUCACUGUUUGAUGACCACAGCAAAAUUAAGCACUGUACACCUCACUUCUAGACCAAAAAUUUCAAUCUUUUAGUGUUGGGUCUUAGUUUUGUAAAACAAAUGACAGCAGAGUUUCAGCAGCCAGCAUCAAAAUGACUCUACAGAAUAAUGCAGUGGCAGGUGCUAUCCCUUCAGGAGUGGCUUUGGAAAUCAAAUAAAGGAAAUUGUUUUUCCCAAGUAAAUUAAUCUGCAUUAAAUUUUAUUGUUCAUUAUAAAAGAAAAUUAAUAAAUAGUUGAUGAAGAGAUUGAGAAAUCUCACCAUUAGAUCCAAGGAACUGCUGAUAUCAUAAUCCUUCAGUCCUGUUGUCUUUUAGAUACAUCUCUAUAUGCCUUAUUCUCAGCUAGACCCACAAGGGUUGAACAAUUGUCUUGCCAGACAGGAUGAGCCAUUUUCAUGGCUUAUCAUGCUAGAAACUAAUCCAGUCAACAGCAAUAUCUAUAUUCAGGGAGAAACCUGUGGUUCUUGAACAUCUAUUGUGGAAUCACCAAAAACACCAUAAUGCAGUUGUUUAAUAUAAUGGCAGAUUAUGCUGCUUGCCAUUUAAGGAAACUUUCCAAUUCCUUGUGGUUUUAAUAAAACCUUCAGCAUUUUUGAGCUUCAAAGGAUAUGAAGGAUAUUCUAAAAUUAAUAGAAUAUGUCCGAACAAAGUCACAUUGACAUGUUCAUUCAUACAAACUGGUGGGUUGUAUUUUAUCUUGAUUCUUGUCAAAUAUACACUUUACAUGGAGUUUAAGCUAUUCAGCUGUUAACCUUGUCAUAGGAGUGAGUUUCCACACUUAAGAUUAUCUAUGGAAGAUCAUAAUGCUGACCACAUCCAUACUGAAUGAAACUUAACUCCAAGCUUCUGUUUGAAGGCUUCAUGCCCAUUCAAGAACCCACUUAAAGCUAGAAGAAGGGCCAUCAUUGUUUUAAUGGGCUUUGCAUCAGAGCCGAAGAACUUAAUGUGGCACAUCUUCUAUAAUGAGGUUAACCAUCAAAGAUGGUGGUCCUCAGUACAUUAGUUGUUUGUGGUUGUGGUUGUUGUUUUUGUAGUAGCAGUGCAAGGAUUUUUGUUCAUCCCUUGAAUGAAGGAAAGAGCAAAGGGAAAGGGAAUGUGCAAUGCAUUACAGCACUGGAAUGACACUUUUAUGAAUACAUUGUGCCGUCGAUAAAAUAGCUAGAAACUGAGUCAAGCAAGUCCAAGUGCAUUUCUGCAAUGGAAAUACUGCAUGUCAAACUCCUGCAUUAAAUUUCAGAUUUUGUCAUGCAUGGCAAAUCAUGAAUUAUGAUUCAAAAGAAACAGUCUUGCUGCUGUUCUUGCAGAACUCCUGAGUCUUACAUUCACAAGAGUAAACUUUUAAAAAACUUUUUAGCCACCUGAGAAAAUGUAUCAGUAAAAAACUGUAGAUUAGCAAAAAAACUGAAAGCCAAAGUAGCUCAUGGCAAGAAUAUUUUUCAGAUUUGGAAAGCAGACUUGAAAAGCCAUGAGCAAGAUAUAUCCCAGAAAUGCAUCUGUUGGGGACUUGUCCUCAGCAAGAACUUACUAAACAGUAUUUAAAUUUUUAUAAUCAGUAUAUAUUAUCCAAAUACAUUUUUGUGGGGGGGAGGAGGAGGGAAUUGAGACCCUUGCACUUUACUUGUCUUGAUAAAUCCUAAUGUAAAUAAGAUGGAAACUCUUGACAUAUUAGAAGAAAACAUCUUGAUAAACAUGUUUUACUUAAAAGGCAAACUGUUGUAUUCAGUGCACUUCUGUUACUUCACCCUGCAUGUUGAGAUGAGGAACUGGCAAAUCUUCAGGACAGCUGUUCUAAAAGAAGAAUUUCAGUGCUUGUACAAUUGAUUAAAGGGCCCUGCUAUGUUGAAGCAGAAUAUCAGUGCUUCCUCACUUAUGAUAUCCCACAUAUUCAGUUGUGAGUUUAUGUGUGUUUUUGUUUUUUUCUUUUAAAUGUGAUGAUGGUGCAGGAUAAUUCUUGCUUUUCUGUAGCAUUUACUCAUUCUCAUUUAUUAAUACCUUAAUUAGGAGUUAAAUUUUAAAUGUUUCUGGAGGGGAAGGGAUUCAUGCCUUAAACUCAGAAUUUCAAUGAAAUAUUUAGCAAUAGUUUUUUCUGCAAUUUUUUUUUACAAUGUUCAAACAUAAGCUUAUGGAGGUUGCCUUUCAUUAUAUUGCCUUCAUCCGUUCUUUCUUGUCCUGCUGCAUGCUAGAAAAACAUGAAAACAUAUCUGUUAACAUGUUUUUACACCCCUUUGCCAUGUAACAGGCUUGCUGGAGGAAACAACUUCCCUUCCCCUUCAUUCAUUCUGGUGGGCCUUCUGUUCUGAUCUUUAUGCCAAAUGUUUUAAGUAAGCUUGUAUUUUUAAUUGUGAAAUAAUAACUGUGUACCCUUAAAUCAACCUAGUGACUUACAGUGAAAGUGUAGAGUUCUUUUCUCUGAGAUGUAUAGUGUAUCCUUCUACUCUAAGUCUGUACUGUUGGAUAAAGAUAUAAAUACCUGAGGUGCAUUUUUAAUAAAUGAUCAGUUGUGCAACCGGC